AUGGAGGAGCUGAGCGAAGCCCUGGCGAGCAGCUUCGUGUCCCAGGAUCUGAACAGCACGGCCGCCCCCACCCCCCGCCUGGCGCAGUACAAGUCCAAGUACAGCUCCUUGGAGCAGAGCGAGCGGCGGCGCCAGUUGCUGGAACUGCAGAAAUCCAAGCGGCUGGACUACGUGAACCAUGCCCGGAGACUGGCCGAGGACGACUGGACCGGGGCGGAGAGCGAGGAGGAGGAAGAGACGAAGGAGGAGGAAGAAAUGGACAUUGACCCCGGCAAGAAGCUACCCAGACGCUAUGCCAAUCAACUGAUGCUCUCCGAGUGGCUCAUUGACGUCCCUUCGGAUCUGGGGCAGGAGUGGAUUGUGGUCGUGUGCCCCGUGGGGAAAAGAGCCCUUAUUGUGGCCUCCAGGGGCUCCACCAGCGCCUACACCAAGAGCGGCCACUGCGUCAACAGGUUCCCUUCCCUUCUGCCAGGAGGCAACAGGCGGAACUCGACCACCAAAGACUACACCAUUCUGGAUUGCAUCUACAGCGAGGUGAAGCAGACCUACUACGUUCUGGACGUGAUGUGCUGGCGCGGGCACCCGGUCUAUGACUGCCAGACUGAUUUCCGAUUCUACUGGAUGCAUUCAAAGUUACCAGAGGAGGAGGGACUGGGCGAGAAGACCAAGCUCAACCCCUUUAAAUUUGUGGGACUAAAGAAUUUCCCUUGUACCCCUGAGAGCCUGUGCACGGUGCUGUCUAUGGAUUUCCCAUUUGAGGUAAUAAAGCUGCUGUCUUCGCCAUUUCCCCAUGAUCGUCGGACACACGGACACCCAUGUACACAUACACUGUCUUUCCUUUUUUUGGUGCAGGUCCUGGGGCUUGAGCUCGGGGGCCUGGGCGCUCACCUCAAAGAGCUGGACGUGGGGCUGCGGGUUCACCGGCCGUGGGCGAAAAGGCUCCGGGAGGGCUCCCCGGGCUCUGAGUUCGAGCCCCAGGCCAGGCGCAAUGCGAGCACACAAACUCCCAACCCCGUUUCCAGGGCCGGCCGCAUCCCCGGCCGCCCCGUCCGUCCGGAGACCCUCGUGGGUCCUCGGAGCUCAGCCGCGGGGCGCCGGGGCGGACGCGGCGCGGGCCGUGAGCGGGAGGGGGGCGCCGGAGCCGCCGCCUCGCCCUCCGCGCUGCCCGCCGGCCGCCGCGGCUGCUGA